AUGGAAGAAAUAGAAAGGAAACAAGAGGAAAUGAAGGUAAGAAAUGAUUGUUUAGUUGUUCUUUGCAGACUUGUAUGGCGAUCAAUAUCAUUGACACCCUUGAGUUCAAUAAAAAGCUCCCUAUAGGUUUAGAGAGUUAAAGCAUAUACUUUAAUUUAGGAAAAUGUUGGCGAGAUCAAGAAAUCUCAAGACGUUAUAAAUGUUAAAGUAAAUCAAAUGAAGGUAAGACAAGGUGUAGAGUUUUUAAGGGUUAUAAAUUGAGCAAUCAAUAUAGUCUGUUAUAUUUAUCUACUUAGCAAAGCUACGAUGGACCACAAGUGACAAGGAGACGUUUCGUGUAAAUAAAUAUGAAUUUAGAAAAUGAUGAAUCUUCAGCUAUAAUCCACAUCUCAGUAAACAUGGCUUUCCAUUCCAUGCCGAGAAUUAUACUAUUUCACCGUUCACGACAAUUCUGCUAUUCUGAACCGGGUUUCAAUCGCUUUAAUAAUAUGAACAUGGUGUGCCCAAAAUACACUAGAGAGACUGAAAGUGGGCCCACUUUCACCGUUAGAACUAUUAAAGAUUGGACGCCCUCGAUGUUACAUUGCGCAAACAGAAAUCUAUAUCUACGUUUAAACGCAGUUUGUAUACUAACAUUUUAACGGACCAGAAGUCCGCCAUGCGUUUAGAAAUUGCUUAGGUUGGUGGUGGGUUAUUUUAUUUGUAAAUAUAGUAGUUUUAGAGUUUUUAUAAGUUUUAGUAUUGUAUUAGCUUAAUUGUAGUUAUGUAAGGAGGGCCACGAAUUUAUCAGUAGUUCACACUUACUGUCAAGUGUUUACCCUCAUGAAAUAAAGUCUGAAUGAAUGAAUGAGUGCAGGUCAUUCACUCGUGUGCUGGUCCUGGUCACUCAUGAUCAUGGUCAGCGUCACAUCUCAGAUAUCUGAACACGUAUACUUUAAUUUAGGAAAAUGUUGACGAAAUAAAGCAAUCUCAAAAUGAUAUAAAUGAUAAAGUAAAUCAAAUGAAGGUAAGACAAAAUUGUGUCGAGCUUCUUUAGGCUCGUGUAGCUACGUUUAUCUACUUGCCAAACUUUUCAUUCCCUGAGUUCAAUGAAAAGCUCCCUAUGAUCCGACCGUAAUAUAGAGAGUUAAAGCAUAUACUUUAAUUUAGGAAAAUGUUGGCGAGAUCAAGAAAUCUCAAGGUGUUAUAAAUGUUAAAGUUAAUCAAAUGAAGGUAAGACAAGAUUGUGUUUGGUGCUUUUAAGGCUUAUAUAUAGCGAACAAUUACGUUUUACGGGUAGAAACGCUACAUUUAUCUGACUUGAAAACUUGGAAAAGCUUUCAAUCUGUAAGCCCUAAGAUCUUCAUCAUUGCACGUAUGAUUUUAUUGAUGAAAAUUUGAGCUUACGGAUUGCAAGCUUCGUCAGACAGAUCAAUCCCCGCUGGGUUUUAGACCCAUAUAAGGGGCAAAUAUAUCCAUUCCCACGCAUGUAGAAUAUUUAGUUCGAUCGUUUCUUUAGGCUCAUGUAGUUACAUUUAUCGACUUUCCAAACCUUUCAUUCCCUAGCCUAUCUUCCAGUCCACUACACACAACGGUGGAGUGGAAUGGAAGACAAGCUAUCCUUCCCAAGUUAAGUCAACAUCUUCAUCAAUGCACAUUCGCUACAUAUCCGGGCUUACGGAUGGGAAGUCUCGUCGAACAGAUGAACCUACUAUUUUUCAGAAAAUAGAACAAUUAUAAGAUUAAUUUUACUUACUGUAUUGACCACAGUUUAUUAUUUCAUCUGAUUUGAAAAUACACCUGGACCACGUUUGACCACAAGAGAUCAAGAAACGUUUGCUGUAAAUAAAUGUGAAUUUUUAAAAAUCAUCCUUCUUUGAUUAUAAGUAUAAUUCGAAUUUCGGCAAAGAAAUGAUUUUUUUAUUAAAGCACUUUUUCGGCAUUUAUAAUAAUUCUGCUAUAUAUUCCGAACCGGCUUUUUCGUCACUCGUGCAUGUCAUUCGCAUCUGUGGUCAUCUAUGAGACAUCUUAACACUUCUACUUUAAUUUAGGAAAAUGGUGACGCGAUAAAGCAAUCUCAAGAUGCUAUGAAUGUCAAAGUGAAUAAAAUAAAGGUAAGACAAGAUUGUGUUGGGUGCUUUUAUUAUGAUUGUUUUACUGGUAAAAACGCUGCAUACGCGAACGUCUACUUGAAAACAUAAAGUUUUCAAUCUGUAAGCCCUAAGAUUUUCAUUAUUUAUUGACAAAGAUUUGAGCUUACAGAUGCAAGCUUGGUCAAAAAACGAUCAACCUGAUGUUUUUCACAAAACAGAACAAUCAUGUGUGUUAGGUAUUUUUACUCACUGCAUGAAAUCUUAUCAAAAGGUAUGCAGUGCAAUCUCUGACAUAUUUGACCCAGGGCUCGAAUAUAGAGGGAGUAGCCAGCGUGGCCGGCUCUUUUAUAGGGCAGAUAAUUGAAGAAGAGCAUGCACGAAAGCCCUAGUAAAGCCCAGCUGCCGAGAAUUGUGAUUGGCUGAAUUUACAUUGACGACAGGUUGAUUGACAUGUUACGCUAAUUUAUUCAAAAAUUUAAAAAUAAAUACAGUACAAACAAACGGCAUCGCUAUUAAAGUGUAAACCUGUCGGCUAAAAUAUAAAAUUCAAAAGUCAAAGUGUAAAAUGUGUAACAUAUACCGGUAUCUAAACAGAAUAAGGCAAGCCAUACUGUUAUUACUGCAUAUGUUGUAUGAUUUUAUGUCACAUUUAUACAAAACUAUUUCAAGUGGGCGGUGUUAAUAUGGAAUAUUAACUAAGUAGGCGUGAUCAAUUUUACUAGGGCUUUCGGGCAGGCUCUUCUUAUAAAAGAGCCUGCCACGCUGGCUAUAGAGGGAGAACAAAAUGCCGUCGAUCGUUGCGGCAACGACGACAAUUUUUUGCCGUAUAGUGCAAUUUUUAUACUAUUCACUGUGCAUUACUACUUUGAACUUGAAUUCAGAUGUUGAUCAAAUCAUGCGUAAAUCACUAUUUUAAUCUCAGUUUUCUUCGAAAAAAAAACACUAAAGAAAUACGUAGACGUAUUUCUACCUUGUCAAAAAUCCAAAGUAACAAUAAAGUUUUAUUACAGUAAUUUGAAAAGUGCCGUGAAAACUGCCAAAAUUGCCGUAGACAGCUGUUACGCGUUCUACGGCAAUUUUUAACGCCAUUGCCGUGAUUGAUUUCAGGGAAAUUCGAGGCCUGAUCUGACCAUUAACCCAGCAACCUAGAUAUGCAAGGUUUUACUAAUUUUAUUAUUCAGGAUAAUGUUGACGAGAUGAAGCAAACUCAAGCAGAAAUGAAAGCAGAUCAAAUUGCGUUUGAAGUAGAGGUACGAAACCAAUUUGAAAAAAUGACGGAAAUGUUCAAUCAGCUGUUGGAAGGAAGAAAUAUAAACAACAAUGGCGCGCAAGCUUCAAAUCCACCAGUUCCAGACAACAACAAAGACAUUAUCAUUCUUGGCGGUUAUUAUGCCCGAGCACGUGUUUCGAAUACAGUUCAGAAAUUCAAUAUAGUAAGUGGGAAGUCGACUCAUCUACCGAAACUGAAUCACCCCCGAGUAAAUUUAGCAUCAUUUGUUUACAAUGGUGACGUCAUCAUAACUGGCGGCCACGAUGGCCAAGUUGGCACAGACAGCAUUGAAAUUUUAAAGAUAAACCAGGAUCCUUUGCAAUGGAUGAUGUUUGAUGGUAAACUGCCGGUGAAGUUAUCUGGUCAUGACGUUAUAGUUUAUCAAGGUAAACUAUACGCCAUGGGAGGAUAUAACUGGAAUGAAAAGAAAACAAACGAUAACAUCUACGAGCUGUCCAUUAUCCCGCCUUAUACUGCCAAGCCACUGGCUAGAAUGCCUCAGCCAAGACAAAACCACAGAGCAGAAAUUGUAAAUCGGAAACUAUUUAUCUUGGGAGGAAGGGCAACAGGCCUUAGUAAAGACGCCAUUGAUAGCGUUGUCGUGUAUGAUUUCAUCAAGAAUGAGCUCAAACCAUGUCCAUCGUUACCCAAGCCUAUCUGCGCUAUGUCCACAGUUACUUGGGGUAACAAAAUCAUUGUCAUUGGCGGUAGCGAUAAGAAUGACCAGAUCUUAAAUGACGUCAUCAUGUACGGCACUGACACAGGAGAAAGUCAGAAGUUGCCUCAACUGAUACACAAGAGGUGUGGUUCCUCUGCAGUAAUUAUGAAUGACGUCAUUGUUGUAUUGGGAGGAUGGAAUGACGAGGAGGGGCAUCUCAACUCAGUAGAACGUUUCACAAUGGGAGGUGAUCAUUGGAGGGAACUACCAAGGAUGAAGGAAAAAAGAUUCCUUGCAACUGCUGUAGUAAAACCUUGCAACUGA